AUGACCGAUGGCAAUAUUGGAGGAGUCGGUAGCGAAACCGAAAUUAUCGGUAGCGCAUCUGAAAUUAUUAAAGAUCGUCUCUAUUUUGCCACAUUACGUAUAAGACCAAAAUCAACCGUUCAUACACAUUAUUUUUCUAUUGAUGACGAAUUUAUUUACGAAAAUUUUUAUGCAGAUUUUGGUCCACUCAAUUUGGCUGUUGUUUACCGAUAUUGUACAAAACUUAAUAAGAAAAUUAAUAAUCCAAGUUUAUUACACAAACGCAUCAUUCAUUAUACAACAUUUGAUCCAAAAAAACGAGCUAAUGCUGCGUUCUUAAUUGCUGCUUAUUCAAUUAUUCAUCUAAAACGAACACCGGAAGCAUCUUAUAAACCAUUAAUAAAUGGUAUUAAUGCUGCACAUCCAUUUUUGCCUUUUCGAGAUGCAUCACUUGGUUCAUCAUCAUAUAAUCUAACUUUACUUGAUACAAUACAAGGCCUUUAUAAGGCAAUACUUCAUGGUUUUUUUGAUUUUGAGAAUUUUGAUCUUGAUGAAUAUGAAUAUUAUGAAAAAGUUGAAAAUGGUGAUUUAAACUGGAUUCUUCCUCGUAAAUUACUUGCUUUUUCAGGGCCACAUGCCAAGAGUAAAAUUGAAAAUGGUUAUCCAUUACAUGCACCCGAAACUUAUUUUACGUAUUUUCGAAAACGUAAUGUUACAACAAUUGUACGAUUAAAUAAAAAAAUUUAUGAUGCAAAACGUUUUACUGAUGCUGGUUUUGAACAUUAUGAUUUAUUUUUUUCUGAUGGUAGUACACCGAGUGAUGAAAUUACAUUAAAAUUUUUAGCCAUUGCUGAACAAGCUAAAGGUGCUGUUGCCGUCCAUUGUAAAGCGGGUCUUGGUCGAACGGGUACAUUAAUUGGAGCAUAUUUAAUGAAACACUAUAAAUUUACAGCUGCUGAAGCUAUUGCUUGGUUAAGAAUAUGUCGACCUGGUUCGGUUAUUGGUCCACAACAAAAUUAUCUCGAAGACAAACAAGUAUGGCUUUGUUCAUUAGGUGAUACGUACCGAAUAAAAGAUCGACCACGAUAUACAUCAAGUGUUGGCGUGAAUUCUAGUAUGGAUACAACUAUGCAUAAUCCACUUCGAUAUUCAAUUAGUAAUGUUAUUGGAGAUUAUAAUAAUAUAGAAGAGGAAAAAGAGGAAGAAAUUACUCAAGGUGAUAGAUUAAAUGAAAUUAAAGCACGACGUAUGCAUCAUCAACAUCCAACAUCAUCAACAAAUGCAAAUGUUACGUCAAGUCUUACAUUUGAUCCGUCAACAUCAUUUAAACGUACACAUACCGCAUUAACUUCUGCAAGUAGUUUACCAACGCAUGGUAUACCAUCAGCUAAUAUACGUCGUAGUUAUGCACCAAUGUCAAAUAUGCCUUCCAAUGUUCUGAUAAAUACCACAACACGCAAACCUCGUUCAUACAUUUCAUCAACAACUUCAAUAAUGAAAACUCCAAUAUAUCCAACUGGUCGGUAUAUGCAUACAACAACAAGUAAUACUAAUUCAACGUUAACUAUAUCUGAUACUGAUAAUCGUGAUCCAAUAUCAUCAACUAUAUUAAAAAGUUCACCACGUGGUAAAUCUCCAAUAACAACAACAACUACUCAUACAUUACCAACACAUUCGUAUUAUACACGAUCAAAAUCGUCUUAUUCCAAAUAUUAA